UUGUCCAAGAGUUGUCUGGGAUAUAUCUCCAUCUCCAGCACCUCCCAGCUCAUCUUAAGGGCUUUCCUCUUCCUGUCUCUCCUCUUCUGACAGAUGGGAGAAGGGGUGGCAGACACUCCAGAUAGAAAGGACUCCAUGACUGGCCUGUGGGUCUAGGGAAUUAAAAGAUCAAUUCUAAAUACAAUAACAAUAUAAAUAUAUAAAGAAGAGGGGUCGGCAACAAUCUCCAAAUGGCAUCAGAGGUUACUUACGCUGAAGUAAAGUUCAAGAAUGCGCCGCCACCAACACCUGCAGAGACCAAAGGGGGGUCUUUGCCUUUAGUACCUCCAGAGAAGAGCACGCCACAGAGUGCACCCCAGAAACCUACCUGGCAAUUCCUGCGGUUGGUCUCAGCACUGUUGCUGUUGCUGUGUGUCUCUCUCCUCAUUGCCCUCAUUGUCACUCUACUCAAGGGAAAUGGAGGCUGUGAAGAGCACAAGGCCCUGCCCCAGAGUUCUGCAGAGUGGCGUUGUGUCCUGGGGAGAGCUGAGGUGAAAGGGCAAGUCUGGACAUGCUGUCCCAUGGGCUGGAAGCACUUCCAGUCCAGCUGCUACUACUUCUCUAGAGACAUCAUGAACUGGGGUGACAGUGAGACAAACUGCACAGGGAUGGGCUCCCACUUGGUGGUGAUCAACACAGGAACUGAGCAGGAUUUCAUUUUCAAUUGGACAAAGACAGCUUUUACGUUUAUCUCAGACGGGAGUUACUAUAUCGGUCUGACAGAUCAGGCAGAGGAAGGCCAGUGGCACUGGGUGGAUCAGACUCCAUAUAAUGAGACUGCAGCAUUCUGGAGACAAAAUGAACCUAGUAAUGGCAACAUGGAGAACUGUGCUGUCAUGCAUAUAGAGACAAAGGCAAAUAGGAAGAAUUGGAAUGAUAUUCCGUGUUCCACUAAAGUAUAUAGAAUUUGUGAAACUGCUGCAACAAGUUUUUGAGGAAAGAAACCCCAUCCAGGAUGUGAAGCCAGAAAGAGAGAGAAGAGAGCCAAUCCCUGGCUAGAGGCAGCUGAGAAAGAGAUCUGAUUGGAAGGUUUGGUUCAGAUGUGGAACUUGUGCUGUAAUUAUGGAGUGGGAGGUUACUGUGUUCAAUGUUUCAAACUCACCCAUACGCACAAAAUAAUUUUGAAAAAAAAAGGUAAAAUGUUCAGAAGUAGAAAAGAGGUAAUUUUCAGCAGAACUCUGUUUAUGAUGUCACAAAGGUGGACUAUGCCAGCACUCAACAUUUCUAGAGGACCUGGGUUGCUAAGGGCAGGGCCCAGCGGCUUUGGCCUUGAAAGAGUUGAAGAGAGAGUUACUAUUCACGAUUUACCCACUCAGUGCUUGUCAUAAACAGAUAGUAGGAGUUAACAGAACAAAAGUACUUUAUAUCUCUUUUGACUGUAAAGGGUUAACAAGUUCAGUGAGUCUGGCUGUCACCUGACCAGAGGGCCAAUCAGGGGACAGGAUACUUUCAAAUCUUGAGGGAGGGAAGUUUUUGUGUGUGCUGUUAGAAUUGUUUUUCUCUCUGGGUUCUGAGAGUGACCAGAUAUGCAACCAGGUUUCUCUCCAAUCUCUCUGAUACAGGCUCUUAUAUGUCCAGAAUAGUGAGUACUAGGUAGAUAAGGCGAGUUAGGCUUAUGUCUGUUUUCUUUAUUUGCAAAUGUGUAUUUGGCUGGAAGGAUUUUAAUUUGUACUUGUAUACUUAGGCUGGGAGGGUAUUCCCAGUGUCUAAAGCUGAAAGACCCUGUAACAUAUUCCAUCUUAAAUUUACAAAGAUAAUUUUUACUGUUUUUUCUUUCUUUAA